AUGGCACCCUCCCUCCUCAUCGUUCUCUGCGCUGUCAGCGCCACCAUCUCCCUCGUCUCGCUCGCACGCGUGCUUGCCUCGCGACCCGGGCGUCCGACAGGCGUGUGGCUCGACUGGGCCCCUGGAAACCGGUCCUACUACGUCACGAGCUCGCGCCAUUCGCACCUCGGCUGCCUCACAGCGUGCGCCGACCUCUCGCAGGAGGAGGGAGUGCCGGUCGCGCCGGCCUGCGUGGACUCAGCGGAGGCCUCAACGUUCGUCGCUGAUCGCACAGCCGGUCUGACGAUUUUCUUGGGCCAUCAUCAGUGGCCAAACGACCGAGGCGCCUCCGUCGGAUGGAGGCCGGCGACGCUCGACUGCAACGCCUCGUAUGAAAACUGGCUGCCGAGCGAGCCCGACGAUCUCCUCGAAAUGCAGGAUUGCGUCGCCGCCAGCCCUGGCGGCGGGUGGAGCGACGUCGGUUGCGAAAGGCGGCUCCCUUGCCUGUGCCAGAAGGGAGCUGUGCUGAGCGAGAGCUUCGCCGCAGAAGCUUGGAUGCACCUCUCGGGCCGCGGCGCCUCGACCCGGGGGCGAGGCCUUUUUGGUGGGUGUAUCUAUCUGCUCGGCUGCUCGGUGCUCACUCUCGCCCUGCUGUGUGGCUGGGGCGCUCUCCGCAUGCGCGACAGCUACGCGGCAGCCAAAGAGGACACCAGGCAGGGCGGGAUUGGGCGCCACCGCGAGCAGCAGCUGCGAGCGCAACCUCGAGGGGGCGAAGGCGGGGCCGCCCGCCAUGUGGCACUCGCCAGGCAGGAGCUCUCGCGAGCCGGCGCGGCACGGCGACGUAUCCGGGUGCGCGUGCAGAUGCUGCUGCAGGUGCUCGGCAUCUCAUCCUUCUUUUGGGCCUUUACACCGCUCAUCCUCUCCCUGGUCUACCGCAUAUGGCCGAUCCAGGCCCUCGGCAGCCCAGUGCUCCCGAUGGCGCUCUGCCCGCCGGCGGUCUGCUUGGCCAUCCUCUCCAUCCGCCCAUCGGACUCCAGAAUGGUACUGGGGAUGGUGGCAGCAAACACCCUCCUUGUGGCCUUCGCGAGCCUGUUGAUGGCCUUCGCCGGCUGGCGCACACACCUCAUGGACGAGGGUCUUUCUGAGAUCUGCUUCGCGAUCGCGGCGAUCGAUUCGGCCGUCUGCUUGGCCUUCUGCAGCGUCCUCGUCGACGCGGUGUGGUGGCGUCGGAGGCAGGGAAGCUACUCCCCGCGCCGCGCGCUAUUGCUGCACUGUGACGUGGCGCGGUACGCGGGCGGCCUCGCCGGCUGUGCCACUCUCGCCUACCUCCCGCUUCGGGCGGCGGGAGAGGACCCGGCUUCUGACGAGCACCUCAUGCCCGUCCUGCUCGGCGGCCUCUCCCUCCUCUCGUACCCCUGCUUUCUCGAGCCGCAAGUGCGAGCCGCCGCCCUCUCCGCCCUCUGCAAGACCGGCUCCACCGCCGAGGAGCGGGAGGCGGCGGUGCUGGCCGGACUCGUCGCGGGGCGGGGCGGCUCGGUGGCUGGCUCGGUGGACACGCUGCUGCAGUGGGCCGAGUCACACUUCCGCACCGUCAGCUUCGACCAGCUGGCGAAGGACGACUUUGUCGCCGAGGGCGACGCGCGCGCGUCGAGCAAGCGACGGUCCUCUGCCCGCCGGGGCAGUCUCCUCUCCCCUCAGGGCGGCAGCGACGGCGGCGGUGUUUGCGAGGCGGCUAAACCGCACGGCGGCCAGUGGCGCAGCGAGCCGCGAGCCAUGGGCCAGUGCGACGCCUUCAUCUCUCACUCGUGGAGCGACCCGCCCGGGCCAAAGUGGGCCGCACUGAGCGCGUGGGCCGAGGCCUUCGAGGAGGAGCACGGCCGGCCGCCCACCGUCUGGCUCGACAAGCUCUGCAUCGACCAGCGAAACGUGCAGGAGGCGCUCGCGUGCCUGCCCAUCUUCCUGGCGGGCUGCGACCGGCUGCUCGUCCUCGCGGGGCCGACGUACAGCAGCCGGCUCUGGUGCGUCAUGGAGCUCUUCGCCUUUCUCAAGAUGGGCGCGCCACUCGAGCGCAUCACCGUGCUGCCUUUCGCCGAGCCGUCCGCGCGGCAGCCAGAUCGCGCCGCGACCGACAGACCCCCCGACGAGUCGACUCGCGCGACCCUCUCCGACGUCACCGCGUCGUUUGCUUCGUUUGACGCGGAGAAGGCCCGCUGCGCGAGGGUAGAGGACAGGCAGGCGCUGCUGUCUGUCAUCGAGGAGAGCUUUGGGAGCUUCGCCGAGUUCAACGGUUGGGCGAGGCGUCUCAUCUUCAGUCAGGUGCACGGCGAGGGGCGCGAGUCUCGAGUCGCCAUGGUGGAGGAGACAGGGAGGACGGCUCAUGUGGAAGAGUCUACUGUGUGA